AUGGCGGAUCACUUUGAAAAGAUUCGGAAGAAUUUUGAAUGGAAUGAUGACUUUUCGGUGCUCAAUGGGAAAGCGCAUGGGGGUAAAAUCGAUCUCUUCAAAGCGUUGAUCGAGAAACCUGGGAAAGGAAGAGACGAAUUCGAGACGGCAAUUUAUUGGGAAGGCAAUUACUGGGAUGAGAUGAUACACGAUUGUGCUGAAGUCGAAUGGGAAACAAUUGGGGUAUUGUAUCGAAAAAUUGGGAAUCUUCUAUCAAAAUUUGGAAUUGAAAAGGACGAUUCCGUGCUAAUUGUGAUGUCGAACAUGGUGCAGAGUCCAGUGUUGAUCCUGGCUACAGCCGCUCUCCAAGCUCAUUCAAUCCCCAUUAUUGGUUCUGAAAGUUGUGAAAAAAUUGCCGAAAUCCUCGAGAAAUCCCGGCCAAAGCUGAUCGUUUGUGUAGACGCUUUUUGGCAAGGAGAACAAUUGAUUGAAGUGAAAAGAAAAAUCGAUAAAGCACUAGAGGAUUUAAAUAACGAUUGUAAAUGCUUGGUGAUCCGACAUGUGGGCCCGAAUCCGGGUAUGCCCCCGCCCGAAAAGCACAUCACCGCUCGGCGGCCUUUCUAUAAAAUUGAGAUUUCAAUGACUGAUGGAAGAGACUCGGAUUGGAGCGAUGAAUUCGUGAAACUCGACGACGAUUUCCCGACAAAAUACCUCUCAGCCGAUCAAGUGCUCGUCAAAUUGCCUAUAUGGACAAAGCACAUUCAAAGCUUUCAAGAGCUCACUGUGGGACAACUUUUGGUGGACAUUGUUGAGAUUGAACGAAAUCUCAAAGGGGCAAGCGGGAUCUCAGAACUACAGCCAUCCGGCCACCUCUGCCUUGGCUCUUUCUCCACUCAUUUUGGAAUCUCCUCCUUCUUUGCUGUCUUGUCGAAAGGCCUACCGCCAGUUAUUUUUGAAGGCGUCAUCGAUUACCCAGAUCCAUCGAGAAUCGCUCAUAUCAUUCAGAAAUAUCAGAUCUCCUCUCUUCUGCUCCCAAUCGACACCAAAUUUGAUCCGAUUUACAUGUCAUUUGUGCCCAUUCCAUCCCUCAACCUUGUCAUUUGUUCUCCCCAACAAAGCACACAAAUCGCAAAGAUUUUCCCCUCAACAAUCAUUGAUUUUCAUCAGAUAUUU